ACGAAAGCUUCCGCAAUGUUAAAAUGCUCCGCUUGCGCGCGCGCGCAUCCAUCCAACCCAGCCGAACCGUACCGAACCAGCACCAUCCAACAAACCACCCACUGCACCACAACAACAACACCAACAACAACGACAACAACAGCAGCAAGAGCAGCAUCACCACUGCCUCCUUUAACCGUUAACUUUCUCCGCACGAUGUCCAGCAGUGGCGCCAGCGCAGCGCAGUACAAACUCGACGCCAACUCCAAUGCUAUCGCUUUGAUUGCUGCUGACGCCGCAGCGCUGCCGCCGUCACCGUCGCCGUCGACGCAGGCCUCGCCUGCGGAUCGCAUUGAAUGGUCGCGCGCCACGAUAUUGGGCUUCAUCGAGGAUUAUCGACGGCAGCGCGUGCUCUGGGACCCAAACACCAAAGGCUAUCACAUCAAGCAGACCAAAUACGAGGCGCUCAAGCUGCUCAGCCAGAAAUAUGGGACAGAAAUUCGCUCGAUUCGCUCGAAAAUCAAAUCGCUGCGCUCCUCCUUCCAUCGUGAGCACGGCAAGGUGAUCAACGGGCGCAGCCGAGGCGUUCACUAUCAGCCCAUGUGGUUUGCAUAUGAGGCAAUUCGCUUCAUUUUGGAUGGGGAACGGGACGCCGACGCCUCUGCCAUGGACGGCGUCGUUGACAGUGACGUAGAACCGGCUGCGUCGACAGCGCUGCUGGACUCGGAAGCAGCUGAUAAACUGACGCUGAUGCAUAGCCUAGAUUUGGAACAGCUGACAGCUGUUGCUGCGGGCAAGCAACAGGCUGAGCAGCACGAAGACUUCGCUGCUCGCGUCGCAGCCGCCGUUGCUGUUGUGGCUGCAGCCGCAGCCGCGGCUAACGUCAGGGAACGGGAACACAAUAUGGACGACGAUGCAGCAGCCUCAGAUGGCAAUUCCAAUGGUGCUGGCAAUGGCAGCGGCAGCGACGCAACAGCAUCAUCAGCAACGGCCGCUGCAGCCGUCUCAGCUGCUGUGACACGUUCCUCUUCCGAUUUGGAUGGCGAGAGCUAUUGCAAUAUCAGCGCCGAAGAUGUGAAGACAGAAAUUAUCGAGCACGAACCAGAGCUGGGCAUGCUCGAUAGGCAGACGAGCACGCCGCUCUCUCUCUCCGCGAGCUACUACAAACCCACGGAUCUGACAUAUAAUCCGCGCAAGCGUAAAGCGCAAAUGGAUGAGCUCGAUGGCUGUGAUGUCAGCGCUGGCGUGGGCGUUGGCAUUGUUGGGGGCGUGGUUGGGGCAUUAACUCUGACGCCCAUCAAGUCGACGGGGCAGACGACAGUGCUGCAGCAACACCAACAUCAACAUCAGCAUCAGCAACAGCAGCAACAACAACAACUACAGCAACAGCAACAACAACAUCCACACAAUCAGAUCGCAUUUCAUACGCUGCAGCAACACUUUAGCCACAAUCUCAGCCAUGGCAGCCACAAUGGCAAUGGGCAUGCACAACCGCAGCAGCUACAACAAAAACAACAACAACAUCAGCAGCAGCAACAACAACAACAACAUUCCAAUAACAUGGCACAAAAACGUGAUCGUGGUCGUGAUCUCUCCUGCUCGCCAACUCUGGCCCACAACAACAACAACACUAACAACAAUACUAAUAACAACAACAGCAACAACAACAACAGCAGCUCCUUGGAUCUGGCCACAACUGGCAGCAGCGGCAUAUCCAGCCUAACUGCCACGCCCCUCAAAAUGAGCAGCGGCAGCAGCCUGGCCGGCAACAGCCAUGUGGAUGAAUAUGGGGUGUUCGGUGAGUACGUGGCCAUCACCAUAAGAAAACUGAAGACGCCCAAGUCGAAGAUAGUCGUCAAGCAUCUGAUCAACAAUUUGCUGUACGAAGCGGAGCUGGGCAACUAUGAUCAGGGGAUGCCGGCCUCCAAAGAGCCGCCGCAGCUCUACAAAAUGCAAUAGCCAAAGGGGGGCAGAGUGGGCGUGGGCGAGACUGGGUGUGACUGGGAGUGGGAGCAGUCAAAAGUCCGGCAACCUGUAGUUAAGCGAGAAAGAGAGACAAAGAGAGAGAGCGAGCGAGAGCGCAAGAGAGUAGGAGAAAACGCACUAGUCAGCAAAUAAGAGCAACAAGAGCCAACAAAUUCUAAGCGUAGUUUAGGGGCGGGUUAUUUUUGGAUAA